UCCUUCGCCAAUCCAAAUAUUUUCGACGAUCUCCCGUCUCACUUCCCUCCCAACUCACGAUCACAAGAUGAUCUAAGCAACCGGUUGACGAAUCCAGGGACUUUCGACACAGUCCUGUCCUAUCUAGAUCAGUUAUGGCGCGAAGCGGGUGAUCACGGUCUGUUCGAUCGACACCAUCGAGUCGCGUUGAAUCUGUUUGUUCCCGGACGUGUGGAUCUGGCUCGAUCGGCCACCUCGGAACUCAGUGCGCAUCGAUAUUUGGCUGGCGUUUUGCUAUUUGAAAAAGAUGCGUACAAAAAUUACAUGUUGUCCACAUUGCUUCUAUCCAACGCACAACAUCGAAACGAGCUGGGAGCCGAACUGGAUGCGGCGUUUGAAGAAUUUCUCGUACACGGUGAAAAGGCACUGGCAUCUAUUCUGGCUGGAUCGAACUCUCAAACCGGCACACGUCGUUUGUCCUCCCCUUUCGAGGAUCGGUAUCUGCAGGACGCCGUGAACAGUGCAUUCCAUUGGUUAUACUAUUGGAUCGUCCUGAAACCGUUAGAGUCUGUGUACAGUUUUCACGUCGGAUUUGGUCUCGUUUUGGGUAUGCUACGUGCGUUGGGCGUGGAACCGAAAUCCUCAAUCCCGGUGGCUNCGAGUUGGAAGCGCUGUUCGUCGGAUCCCCGGAGUCGUUUGCAGCUGUGUGUCGCUCUCUGCUUAACCUGUCUUGCCAAGUUUGACGCUAAUGUUGGUAGUUUGAAGUAUUGGGUUCCCUUUAUCCAUUUCAUCAAUCUAGAAAGAAGGUUGUCCUCUUCUAGUCUCGCACUCACAUGGCAAGUAGCCCCGGAGGAAUUGAUCCCGAAUCCCAAGAUAUUCACAGAAUUGCUGAAUCUGCAGUCAGUUUGUGAGUGUCCGCUACGAUGA